GGUUCCUCGGCGCCGUGUGCUUCCGCGGGCUCUCGGGUCGCUGGGGCCUCGUCGUGGGGCGGCUCCGCAGUGCUUUGCCCGCCUCCGUCACGUGCCCUGCGCCCUCUCACGGCGCCCGGUGGGGCCUGCGCUUCAGUCAGAGACCCGUAAAAAGGUGAAGAACAAACUGAAUGUCAUCAUGUCUGGAAUCAAGAGAACAAUCAAAGAAACCGACCCUGAUUACGAGGAUAUAUCUGUGGCCCUUCCAAAUAAACGGCAUAAAGCAAUCGAGAAUUCAGCUCGAGAUGCCGCUGUGCAGAAGAUUGAGACUAUUAUCAAAGAACAAUUUGCUCUUGAAAUGAAGAAUAAGGAACAUGAAAUUGAAGUCAUUGACCAGCGACUGAUUGAGGCAAGAAGGAUGAUGGAUAAACUCCGUGCCUGCAUUGUGGCAAACUACUAUGCUUCUGCAGGUCUUCUAAAAGUUUCUGAGGGUUCAAAAACAUAUGAUACAAUGGUUUUUAAUCAUCCUGCUAUCAAGAAAUUUUUGGAAUCACCUUCUAGGUCAUCAUCUCCUGCCAAUCAGAGAUCAGAAACACCAUCAGCCAAUCAUUCAGAAAGUGAUUCUUUAUCCCAACACAAUGACUUCUUAUCUGACAAAGACAAUAAUAGCAAUGUGGAUAUAGAGGAAAGAUUGUCAAAUAACACAGAACAGAGACCAAGCCGAAAUACUGGAAGAGACACUUCUGGUAUUACUGGCUCCCAUAAAACAGAUCAGCGGGAUAUUGAUCUCCCAGGGGAUGAGACUUCACGACUUUUUGUAAAGAAAACAAUAGUAGUGGGCAAUGUGUCCAAGUAUAUACCUCCAGAUAAGAGGGAAGAAAAUGACCAGUCAACCCAUAAGUGGAUGGUAUAUGUCCGAGGGUCUCGUAGAGAACCCAGCAUUAAUCAUUUUGUCAAGAAAGUUUGGUUCUUCCUUCAUCCCAGCUAUAAACCAAAUGAUCUUGUGGAAGUUAGAGAACCUCCUUUUCACCUGACUAGAAGAGGCUGGGGUGAGUUUCCUGUCAGAGUUCAAGUUCACUUUAAGGACAGCCAGAACAAGCGGAUAGAUAUCAUACAUAAUCUGAAGCUGGAUAGAACUUACACUGGCCUGCAGACUCUUGGAGCAGAGACGGUAGUGGAUGUUGAGCUCCAUCGGCAUUCUCUUGGGGAAGACUACAUUUAUCCUCAGUCCUCUGAGUCAGAUGUCUCUGAUGCGCCUCCAUCAUUGCCUUUGACCAUUCCAGCUCCAGUGAAAGCUUCCUCACCGAUAAAGCAUUCACUUGAGACAGUACCUGAUACUUCUGUAGAGAAAGGAACUAACACUGAAGCUGAGAGACACACUGCAUUUUAUUCUUUACCUUCUUCAUUGGAACAAACACCCACCAAAAUGACAGCAUCCCAGAAAGUUACCUUUUGUUCUCAUGGCAAUUCAGCUUUCCAACCAAUAGCAUCAAGCUGCAAAAUUGUGCCACAAAGUCAGGUUCCUAAUCCCGAGUCACCUGGAAAAUCCUUCCAGCCCAUCACUAUGAGCUGCAAGAUUGUCUCAGGUUCCCCAAUAUCAACUCCAAGUCCAUCACCAUUGCCUCGAACCCCAACUUCUACUCCAGUCCAUGUGAAGCAAGGCACUGCCAGCUCUGUUAUUAAUAAUCCUUACGUUAUUGUGGACAAACCUGGGCAAGUUCUUGGAGCCACCGCUCCCAGUACAGGAAGUCCUACAAGCAAGCUCUCCACUGCUCAGGUCUCCCAAGGAACAGGUUCCCCUAUUCCUAAAAUUCAUGGAAGUAGUUUUGUAACAUCUACUGUCAAGCAGGAGGAUUCUUUGUUUGCAUCUAUGCCACCACUUUGCCCAAUUGGUAGUCACCCUAAGGUUCAAAGCCCCAAACCUAUAACUGGAGGACUUGGAGCUUUCACAAAGGUGAUCAUCAAACAGGAACCUGGUGAAGCCCCCCACGUGCCCACAUCAGGAGCUGCCAGCCAGCCACCACUCCCCCAGUAUGUGACUGUGAAAGGGGGUCACAUGAUAGCAGUGUCCCCUCAAAAACAGGUCAUAUCUGCUGGAGAAGGGACUGCCCAUUCACCAAAGAUUCAGCCCUCCAAGGUUGUUGGAGUGCCAGUUGGGUCUGCUUUACCUUCAACAGUGAAACAGGCUGUGGCAAUCAGUGGUGGCCAAAUCCUUGUAGCCAAGGCCAGCUCUUCUGUCACCAAAGCAGUUGGUCCAAAGCAAGUUGUGACCCAAGGAGUUGCCAAAGCAAUUGUGAGUGGAGGUGGAGGAACCAUUGUUGCUCAGCCAGUGCAGGCCUUAACCAAGGCUCAGGUCACCACUGCUGGUCCUCAGAAGAGUGGAUCCCAGGGUUCAGUGAUGGCAACAUUGCAGCUACCAGCCACUAAUUUGGCCAAUUUAGCAAAUUUGCCUCCUGGCACUAAACUUUACCUUACCACGAACAGCAAGAACCCUUCAGGAAAAGGAAAACUGCUGCUGAUCCCUCAAGGAGCCAUCCUGCGAGCUACCAACAAUGCUAAUCUCCAGUCUGGCUCAGCUGCCAGUGGUGGAGGAGGAUGUGGCGGAGGAGGUGGUGGAGGAGCAGCAGGAGGAACCGGAGGAUCCCAGAGCACCACAGGCCCUGGUGGGAUAUCUCAACACCUCACUUACACGUCUUACAUCCUCAAGCAAACUCCACAGGGUACAUUUUUAGUUGGCCAGCCAUCUCCCCAGACAUCUGGAAAACAGUUGACUACUGGGUCAGUAGUCCAAGGAACACUAGGAGUCAGCACGUCUUCUGCACAAGGACAACAAACAUUAAAAGUCAUCUCUGGACAAAAAACUACUUUGUUUACACAGGCAGCCCCUGGGGGGCAGGCAUCUCUAAUGAAAAUAUCCGAUAGCUCAUUGAAGUCUGUUCCAGCCACUUCACAACUCUCAAAGCCUGGAACCACAAUGCUGAGAGUAGCAGGAGGGGUUAUCACAACUGCCACCUCCCCAGCUGUGGCCCUCUCAGCAAAUGGUCCUGCACAACAGCAGUCUGAGGGAGUAGGCGCCAGUUCAUCAUCUGCUAUAGGGUCUGCAAUGAAAACUUCUGGGCAGCAGCAGGUGUGUGUAAGCCAGGCAGCAAUGGGAACUUGCAAAGCUGCUGCCCCCACUGUCGUCAGUGCCACAUCCCUGGUGUCCACACCAACACCCAUCUCCGGAAAAACCACAGUAUCUGGAUUGCUAAAGAUUCACUCCAGUCAGUCCAAUCCUCAGCAGGCUGUUCUGACAAUACCCAGCCAGCUAAAACCACUCAGUGUAAACACAUCUGGAGGUGUACAGACUAUACUGAUGCCUGUGAAUAAAGUGGUUCAGUCAUUUUCUGCCAACAAAUCUCCUACCAUUCUGCCUGUAGCUGCCCCAACUCCAGUCGUCCCCAGCUCUACUCCAGCAGCUAUUGCCAAAGUGAAGACUGAACCAGAAACACCUGGGCCGAGCUGCCUCUCUCAGGAGGGUCAGACAGCAGUGAAAACAGAAGAAGGUUCUGAGCUGGGAAACUAUGUCAUCAAGAUAGACCAUUUAGAGACCAUCCAGCAACUCUUAACAGCAGUAGUAAAGAAGAUCCCAUUAAUCACUACAAAAAUUGAAGAUGCCAGCUGUUUUUCUGCAAAGUCUGUGGAGCAGUAUUAUGGCUGGAACAUCGGAAAAAGGAGAGCCUCUGAGUGGCAAAGAGCAAUGACAAUGCGAAAAGUCUUACAAGAAAUACUAGAGAAGAAUUCAAGAUUUCACCACCUGACUCCCCUUAAAACCAAGCACAUUGCUCACUGGUGCCGCAGCCAUGGCUACACCCCAUCCGAUCCCGAGAGCAUGAGAAAUGACGGGGACUCAAUUGAGGAUGUGUUGACCCAGAUCGACAGCGAACCAGAGUGCCCGUCAUCAUUAUCCUCCGCUGACAGCCUCUGCCGGAAGCUGGAGGACCUGCAGCAGUUUCAGAAAAGAGAACCAGAGAAUGAGGAGGAGGUGGAUAUCCUCAACCUUUCAGAGCCAUUAAAGAUAAACAUCAAAAAAGAACAAGAAGAGAAACAAGAAGAACUGAAAUUCUAUCUGCCAACAACACCAGGGUCUGAAUUUAUUGGUGAUGUCACACAGAAGAUUGGAAUCACCCUGCAGCCUGUGGCACUCCACAGGAAUGUGUAUGCAUCAGUGAUAGAGGACAUGAUUUUAAAGGCUACAGAGCAGCUGGUGAGUGAUAUCCUGAGACAGGCUUUGGCAGUUGGCUACCAGACAGCAUCUCACAACAGGAUUCCCAAAGAAAUUACAGUGAGUAAUAUUCACCAAGCCAUUUGCAACAUUCCUUUUCUGGACUUUCUCACAAACAAACACAUGGGGAUAUUGAACGAGGAUCAGUGAAUGGAUGAGGAUGGCCCCAGAAUAGCAGGAUUGGAAGCAGCAUCCAAAGCAUGGGAACUGCGAUGACUCCUCUGCUUGGGGACGGAGGUUUUCUGUGUGCCUCACAGCAUCAUGGCUGCCAAACCAUUGCCUCCACCUAACUUACUGUUAACAUCAGUCCCAGAUGAAAUCCCUUUAAGACAGAAGUUUGUUUCCUAAUUGUAGAGUGAAGCUGUGAGUGGGUACGUGCUCUGUCAGUUUGCAUCUGUUCACCGUCUGUAAAGGCUCCAGGAGAGAGUCACAAGAGCUAGGCCAGGCCGUGGGUGUCAGGUCCUUCCCUCUGGGUGUCCUUGAGGGGGCAUCUUGGGUGUGAUGCUUCAGGGGGUGGAAAAUGAGUCUGGCAGGCUAGGGAGUUCACCUGUUUGUGGACCAGAGUUACAGGCAGCCCCAGUGGUUACCCUGGUAACAUCUGAGGAAGGAUUGGGUGUUAGACUCCGCAAGUGGUUCUCUGUUCCUGCCUGGCCUUGGUGUGGUGGGCUGAGUGUGAGUCAGCUACAGGAAAAGAUAAUGCCAUAUGAAAAGCCAUAAAGGCCUAGUAGCUGCAAAGUGACCACAAUUCUUUUGUCAUAGAGCACAAACUCAGAGCCAUUUCAAGGGAUAAACAUAUCCCUGCCUGGGUCAGCAUCCACAAAUCCUGGGCUCUUGGUGGCAUCUCUCCACCAGUUCUGGGUGUGGGUGGCAGAUGGCUGUUUCCACACCAUUCACGUGGUAAGCAGGACCUGCUGCUGCCAAAUCCACAUUGAGUGGCUGCUAGUGAGCGAGCAGCCUUUGGGACAGGCUCUGCUGAGGUUGUUUGUCAUAUCAGUGGAUUCAAAUCCUGUUCUCUGUCAAUGCAGUUUUUCCCAAAAAGGAAAGUGUUUGAAAGAAAUACCUGUGAGUGCCUUAAAGGUAGAAAAAUAGGUGCUCAAGCCCAGAGACAGGGACGUCAGUGCUCGGAAGUAGUAAGAGGAGACUGUGUCCAUGAGCAGAGCCGUCUCAGUAGAAGGGAGAAACGGAUACAAGGAGGUGUAGCAGUGCCACUGUGUGAUGUCCAGGUCCACUGAAGAUACUCUGCCCCAACCUUCCUAACAUGGUCUGUGUGGAAGGUAAAGAAAAGAACUUGUUCUCAGUUAGGGCUCUCCUCUUACUCUAUUCAAAGAAAAAUUUGAAACCUGUGAGUUGGAGUCAAAGAAGCUUGUCCAAGUGAUGUAAUCCAGGUUGUCAUGAUUUCCAUAGAUGUUUGAGACAGGAAAAUAAGGUGGGCAGGUGACUGGAUGAAUAUCUUGCCUUUUUGAUGCCGCAUAUAAGGGUUGCAAAUGCAGAAGGAAUCUGUUCAAUAGGGUAUAGGGCAUGCCUUGGCUUAAUAAUAAAAUAAUUUAGUAUAUAGAGGCUCAAAUACUCUAUAUAUGAACUACUCCAAUGAAGAUUAAUAGGCAGGUGUGUAGGUUCAUUCAGCAGGUGGACUGUGAUUGAGAGCCACAGGAUGGAAGGUUUCAUCCAAAUGAGAACACGUGCAUUUAUUACAGGUGUGAAAGCCUAAAGAAAUUACCUACUGCGGAAGAAAUAUUAAAUGAUUUAACAGUCUCCAUGUGUGUUAACAUUUCAAAUGUAUUUGUAUCAUAAUGUGUAACAUAAUUAUGUAACAAAAAUGUCUACAAUAAAUCUUUUAGUAUUUGU